AUGUCAAAGACCAUAAGUCUUACAAAGAGUCAGUCCAUGCCCGCUCUGAAGCAAGCUCAGUCCGCGGACAUCAAGAGACGGAUCCUGGCCUCAGUGGAUAGGUAUCCAGGCCUCAAAGAUUCAGGUGCCUAUGUCGCUGCGCGAGUAGAUAAAGCACGGGAAAAAGAUCGACUGGCUGAAAAGGAGUAUUGGGCACAUCUCAAAAAGUUCAAGGAAGACGUCCAGUCCGUUUUCAAGUUGCCCAAAGACAGCUACGCUGGCAAGAGGAGUGUGCAGGAGGAGAUCAACGAGAAGGUCGAGAAGGGCCAACGAGCUUUGCAGGAGACGGACGAGAAGUAUCAGAAUUGGCUCAAGGAGAUGGAGGAGCGACAGCAAGAACGGAUUCAAGAAAAGUUGCAGCAAAGGCGAAAUGAGAUCGAUGAUUUGAACAACAGAAAACUGGAGAUGCAGGCUUCACUUCAAAAGGAGCUUGAAAACAAGGCUGCCGGAUUCAAGGAGAAGGAGAAGGAAUAUUGGAACUGGCUGGCCGAUGCAAAACAGGCGGUGGCUGCUCGGCCAGGGGUGGCACCUCUCUACAAGUUCGAUGGGAAGAGUGUCGAGGAAUUGGUGUCCGAGAAGAAGGCUGCGUUACACAAGGAGGUCUCUGCCAGGGAGCAGGAGUACCGAAUCUGGCUAGACUCUGUCAGCAAGCCGAAGUUCACGUUGCCAUCCCAGGCCGUGAACACUCCGGCGCAAAGAGCAUUGAUCGUUCAGGAAAAUGUGAGAAAGGGCUUGGAAAAGCUAAACGAAAAGACAGCGGAGUAUCAAAAAUGGCUCAAGGAAAUGGAGCAGCAAAAGCACGAAGCCAUGAUGGAGAAGGUGAAAGCAAAGCUGAAUGCUGACCGUGAAGAUAUUGAGCGAAGAGAGAAGGCUAUGAAUGCCCUUGAGGAAAAGAUGGCAGCAGUGAAAGCAGAAGAGGAGAGGCGAGCGAAGCUUUCGAGAGAGGAGGUGUUGCAAAUGUACCGCAAGGUUCACAACAAGCCUUUGCUGAUCGAACAAGCGUACGACUAUGGCAGGGUAUUCAAGAAAGCUCAUGAUUUGGAGUGCCGGGCAGCGAGGUCUUUAGAUGAGGUUGAAGCCAUCAUCAACGAUUUGUUCAAGAAGUAUGACCAGGACGGAAGUCAAUUCUUGGAUCCAUCAGAGUUCAAGGCCCUGAUGUCAGACUUGCAGCAACGGCUGGAUUUUCCCAAGAAUGAGAUCCUGCUCUUUCUGGCAGAGGCUGACAUGAAUGCGGAUGGCAAGAUCGAGUACGAGGAGUUUAUUCCUUUGGCGCUGCAGAUCAUUCAGGGAAUGUAUGCCAAGAAACGUCUUGAGCAGCAUUUGUCUGACGUGGACUUGCAAGCCGAAGAGCUGUUGGUGCAUGGCAUGUCAAGGGAGGAGCUCACGGCGUUGGUGGGAAGCAUGUUCGAGCGCAUGGACGAGGAUCACAGUGGCAUUUUGAACAAGCAGGAAUUUGUCGCUGCGCUCACUUCAAUGGAGCUUGGGCUUACUCGCCGCGAAAUCAACGCCAUCAUGUUUCAGGUGGACCAGGACCGCGAUGGCAAUGUUUCCUACAGGGAAUUUGUGCCAUUUGCCUUUGACUUGCUGCAAAAAAUGGCAUCGCUCCGGUUGCUGGAGACCGAGCUGGAGAAUGAUGAGCUGGCCCAGUACAUCUUGGACCUGUUCAAAGCCAAGGACACCGAAAUGACCGGAAUGUUGGGUCUCGACGAGAUGAGAGACUUGCUCCAUCAGGCCAUGUUGGGUUUGACGCGUAUGCAGAUCUACACCGUGCUCAGUGAAGCUGAGGUGAAUGCGGAUAACAUGAUCUCUUACUCCAACUUUGUCCCUCGAGCAGUUGGCCUCAUUCGGUCAAUGUUGUCCUUCGAGAAAGCGAUUGUGAAGAACGACACAAGUGCUCAGGAUGAGGAGAAAUUCUAUGCAGUCUUGGAUGAGGCUUAUGCGGGCACAGAAACUUUGGGCUUGCCAGACUUCAUGCAACGUUUAGAGCAGUCUAGCUUGUUGGAUAGCAAAGAGCUGGACGCCUGUCAUCGCAUGCUGGGGACAACCUACGCAGCCGAAGAGUUACCCGUAGAGGAGGCCAAGUCACAAGUCUGGGCAUUGGUGAAGAGCCUUCGCCGCGCCCGAGCUGCUUGA